CGGAACGCAGCUCUGCUCGCAGCGAAUGUGGCGCAGCGGCGUCUCAUCCUUCCAUGUGAUACACACCAGUCCAGGGGCCUUGUACGACCUUAUGAAGAGGGUGAACCACAGCCCGCCUUAAUGCCUCAGCGAAGUGUCAGGUGGAUGCUGUCCUAACCGUACGUGACGCCCGGAGAGGUGCUGACCCGGUCCGUGUCGGCAGGGUGCCGGCAUGAUCCUCUCGCUGGAGAACUCGCUGGCUGAGCACGUGCGACCCAAGUUCAAGAUGAUCUUCGGCCGCACGAUGGCGUUCGUGACGGGCCUGUACGUGGUGUUCGGCUGCUCCGGCUACAUCUCGUUCGGCCCCGAGACGCGCGAGAUCAUCACCCUGAACCUGCCGGAUAGCGACGGCGUCAUCGACUUCGCCAUGGUGGUCAAGUGCUGCCUCUGCUUCUCCCUCUUCUUCACCUACCCGCUUAUGGUGUUCCCCGUGGUGACGAUCAUCGAGAAGCGGCUGCCGGCCAGCUACAACACCACCUUCCGAGGGAACGCGCUGCGCCUACUGCUGGUGCUGACCUCCGGCCUGGUGGUGGUGCUGAUCCCCAACUUCGCCAACCUGAUGGCCAUCAUCGGCGGCACGUGCUGCACCCUGCUGGCCUUCAUACUGCCGGGCCUCUUCCACCUCAAGCUGCGCCGCAGGUCGAUAUCGCCCCGAGAGAAGUAUUUCGACAUCUUCCUGAUAUGCAUCGGCAUGCUGGGUGCCGUCAUCGCGACGUCGGAUGCCAUCUUUCGGAUGUCGCAAGAGGCUGAGGUUCCGGCGCCUCCGCUGGAGGGCCUGACCCCGGGCGUGCAGGUAUCUUGGUCUGCCGCGCCGGCAGCCAACGCGACUGCGGCGAGUCACCUGCCGCUGUCAGGCCCGAUCACGGCUUCCGUCGCGACGUCGCCGCCGAACGACACGCUCUUAGCAGCGAACGGCACGCUCUUAGCAGCGAACGACACGCUCGCGGCUGCGGUGAACACGACUCUCGCGGCUGCCGUGAACGCGACUCUCGCGGCGGCCGUCAACGCCACGCUGGCGGCGGCCGACGCCGCCGGCGGCGCGCUACUGCCGGCCGUCAGCUGAUACCGGAGCAGUGACGUCACGGCGGCCGGCCGGGCGGACGUCAUGGGCUCGGUCGGCGCCUGGUGACGUGUGGGGUGCUGGCGGCGGGCUGUGCUGGUGCCAGGGUACUGCGCGGCACGCCGUGGCUCCAGCCGCCGCCGCCAGCGUGUGUCAGUAUUGCAGACCGUGGGAGCGAA